AUGGCUUUGGAGGCAUCUCCCCCUUUGCUCCGCCCACAGCAUGAAGAGAACGGUGGUGGUGUUGGGAGAGAAGGCUUUUGGAGUGAGGAUAGCGUCAAGAGUGCAAUCGAUGCGGGUCUUGACGCCAUUGUUACCUCCUUCUCCCUCAUCUCUUCCAUCUCAGCUACUCGCCUCGCCUCUGUUGAUGUCUUGGUGCUGGGAUUUGCAAAUUUGGUGGCUCGUGGCAUAUCAAUGGGUUUUGGAGAUUUUGUAUCAACCAGCACUGAGAAUGAGAUGGCCAAGAAGGAGAGGGCGACGACCGAGCAGGACGUGAGCAAGUCCAUCAGCUCCCAGCAGGCUGGGUUGCUCUCCACAUACCAAGCAUUAGGGUUGGAUUUGGAGGACGCCACAACAGUUGUGAAUGUGUUCUCAAAAUACCAAGACAUAUUGGUGGAUGAGAAGAUGACUGCCCAGAAAGGGGUGCUGCCACCUCGCCAGACCGAGAAGCCAUGGAAGAGUGGGCUCAUCAGCUUUGCAGCCUUCAUCUUGUUUGGCAAUGUUCCCCUCCUCUCUUUCGUCGUCCUCAUUCCAUUCACAGGGGAUGAUUCCACCAAGUUCUUUGGGGCAUGCCUUCUCUCGGCCCUUGCUCUUGCGCUCCUCGGGCUGGCCAGGGCCAAAAUCUCAGGGCAGUACCUGCACUCUGUAGCAGCUACUCUAUUCAAUGGUGGCAUUGCAGCAACCUGUGCAUACUUGAUAGGGUGGAUGCUUCGAAAUGCGGCCGGUUUGCAUGACCAAACAAAAGGACAUUAA